CUCUCCUUGGGGCGGGGCGGGGACAGAAGUGCGAGCAAGAAAUACACUGCAUGUCAUGACGAGACGCUUGCUCGAUGCUGGCAGCACUCUGACUCUUGCGCAAGAACGUCGAGUGGCUGAUGGCACCUGGUCAAAUCCGAUUCUCGUUGGCUGAGCAACAAUUGCAAGAUGUGGCUACUUGCUCCCGUAUUGUUGAAGUCGGCGGCGAAGUUGGAAUGAUCGAGCAGUAUCAGGAGCCUCCAGGAAGACAAGUCGUAAGAGACUAGACAUGAGAAGUACGCUUCGAGAUGGCACAUGCCGUUCGCAACUCUCAUGUCCGACGACAAUCGUUCUUCAAGCCAGCAUUGAUGCCUACAGCGCGCUGCUGCCUGAGAUCCUUUUGCUUUGUGAUUUGCACGGUUAGGAUACGCCCGUUGGUCGCACGUGCGCAUGUCGAGCAUUGCUUCGCCCAGCCCGACUCAUUUGCAGAGAAGAUACUUGCCAUCCCAUUCGCUUCGACUUCUUCAUGUGGGCACGCUAGCGCAUUUUACGGGCUGGUGUUGCCACAGCUCAUCAGUCAUGACGGACUUUGGCGGAAUGACAAUGCAUACGCUCUUGAAAUCUCAGGGGUCAAGACCUUACCGCUAUCGACGUCUGACUCCAUACAUACAGACUCAAACCCUGGAAGAGUGAUUCAUUUGCCCCAACCUUGUUUGCCAACUUUGCUGUUGCCAGACCGUGUUGCACUGGUUGUCAGGACAAGAGGUAGCAGGACCUUCGAGAUUGCCCACCCAAGAGGACGCUCAUUUGAGCCUCGCAAGAGCUGCAAGGUCGCAAUGCUCACUGGGUGAAAGCCAGUGUUGCGCAGCUAGACAACGGUCUGAUCGACUACAACAAGAUGAACGC